AUGGAUGUCUCACAGUUCAAGGGACCUGAUGAUUUGAAGGUGUCAGUUAUUGGACAAUUCAUUGUGGUUGAGGGUAAACAUGGCGAGAAGCCCGACGAAUUUGGAACAAUCGAAAGACAUUUCAUCAGGUAA